AUGGCUGAAGCCUUGGUGGAUGCCUCGCCCCUACCCGGAACAGUAAAGAAAAAGAAGAGUCUAUCUAUUGAGGAAAAGAUUGACAUUAUUAAUGCUGUGGAGAGUGGGAAGAAAAAAGCAGAGAUUGCAGCCGAGUAUGGAAUAAAAAAAAAUUCAUUGUCUUCGAUAAUGAAGAAUAAAGACAAAGUUCUAGAAGCCUUUGAAUCUCUGAAAUUUGAUCCAAAGAGAAAAAGACUGAGAACUGCCUUUUACACAGACCUGGAAGAGGCAUUAAUGAGGUGGUACCGAAUCGCUCAAUGUCUGAAUGUACCAGUUAAUGGGCCCAUGCUGCGUCUAAAGGCUAAUGAUUUUGCCCAGAAACUGGGUCAUAAUGAUUUUAAGUGCAGUAACGGCUGGCUGGAUCGUUUUAAAUCCAGGUACGGUUUAGUGUUCAGAGCUCAACCUGUAGAAGCUACCAGAGUAUCAGCAGACCCUUCCACUGUCUGGCACCAAAAUAUACUUCCUUACUAUUUAAAUGAUUAUCAUCCCAGAAAUGUCUUUAAUAUCAAAGAGACAGGACUGUUGUAUCGAAUGUUACCUACGACUACUUUUGCGUUUAAAGGAGAAACCUGCUCCAUUGGGAAGCUUUGCAAAGACAGGGUCACUCUGGUGGUGGGAACUAACAUGGACGGCUCGGAGAAACUUCCUUUGCUUGUCAUUGGGAAAAACAGAAACCCCCAUUGUUUCAAAGGGAUCAAAUCCUUGCCUGUGCAUUACGAAGCUAACACCAUGGCAUGGAUGACCUCCCAGGUUUUUGAACAAUGGAUGCAGCAGCUUGAUCAGAAGUUUCAAGCCCAGCACCGAAGAGUGGUGAUUUUCGUUGAUUCUUUCCCCGCACACCCAGAGGUAAAGAACCUAAAAGCCAUUGAGUUGGCCUUCUUCCCAUCAUGUUUAUCAUCCAGACUUACAGCCAUGAAACAAGGUGUGAUUCAAAGUCUGAAGAUCAAAUACAGGCACUCCCUUAUCAAGAAGUUUCUGAGCUCCGUGGAAGGCGGCAGAGAAUUUACCUUUUCUCUCCUGGAUGCGGUUGACACAUUGCACCUGUGCUGGAGAUCUGUGACCCCAGAGACGAUCAUGAGGAGCUACGAGGAGGCGGGCUUCAAAUCUCCAAAGGGAACGGAAAGCAGAAAGAGCAGCAUGGAAACAGGGUCAGGGCUCGACCUAGUUGAAGAUGCCCAGGCAGCAGGAGUGGAGUUUCCGGAAGGGCUGUCGCUAGAGGAGUACGCGGCCCUCGACGAUGACUUGGAGACCUGCGAAGGGGCAGCAAACGGUGACUCGGUGUGGACCAAAGAGAGCCAGGCCGAGGAGGCUCGAUUUUAUGCAUCUGAUGAAGAGGAGGACGGGGAUGUGCUGGGAUCCGAACUCCCUUCGCCCUCAAAAUCAGAAGCAGUAACUGCUCUAGAUACACUGAAAACUUUCCUUAGAAGCCAAGAUAUAGAUGAUGGGCUUCAUAAUUCUUUAGCAGACCUUGAAAUUUUUAUCAGCUCUUUAUCAGCUAAAUAA